AUGCCGCUCUCUGAUCAGGAUCCCAACGGCGGCGGCCGCAACUCGCGAGCCUCCAACGUCUCUGCCAUGAGCCGAGCAUCAGGUAAACCCGUAUCGCGGGCACCCAGUGCAGACCUUCAACCUCUUAACCGCGGCGUCACGUCCAUGCUCCGCACCGAGACCGAGAUAGGCGACGUUAGCAUCGGCCGUCCUAAGUUCGACGACUUGUCUGCCAUGAGCAACGCACCACGUCCGCUGCGUUCGCGCGCGACCAGCAGGAUGUCGCAAGUUUCUUCCACGUCCAACACUUCCAGUCGGGGUAGCAAGCAGCACUUCCGUUCUUACCCCUCCUCCUCUUCUGCACCGCGUCAGCCAAUGCAACACCAUGGGCCCGUGUAUACUGCCGACACGCUGUCUCCAACGAUGAUGAACGCCACCGGAUCAUCGCCUUUCAACAACCGAAGAGACAACCGCGACAGGGACGCGCAUCGCUCGCACUCGAUGACGAAUACCAUACAGCCCCCAGCGUACGGCCUCUCCAGCAACAGGUCUAUUCCCAGCUUGCGCCCUCGGCCAGCGUCCCGAUCUUCGAACCCAAGCCCAUACUAUGCACACCCCGCCGGGGGUGGUUUCAGGCAGCCUGUUCCAUACUCGCGAUCGGUCCAGUCCGCCCUGAGCGACGACAGCGGAGUACACUUCCAAGGGCCGCGGACCUACGACGGUCAGCGACUGCCCUAUGCUGGCCAGGUACAAGGCUACGGCAACCCAGGAUACACAAAUCAUACGUAUCGGCAGCAGCAUGCUGGACAAGGACAAGACCAACGAGGCUUCCACAACGGACAGGGCCCCGGGCAGAUGAGGACCAAGAAUCCAUCCUCUCGGUCUACGAUGAGCCUUGAAGAUCCUCCCGUGGAAGACGACGACUUUCCUCUCUACCACGCGGCUACCAGACAACUCAUGUCUCGCAGGAUGACAGGCAACUCCGCCCGCGAGCCUCGUUCAGAAGAUCGAAGAGAGCACAGGCGUCCGGAUGAAUACCAGCCACCUUUACCAGCCGACCACCGCCAACGGAUCGCUGCUGAACAAGCUCGUCUCAAGAGGUCUGCGCCUGCUUCCAUGUCCAGUUUUAACACAAACUUGCGUACUGAAUCAGACCCGCCGUCGUCUGACAUGGCUAUGCCAUCAACUCCGAAAGAUGGUAGCUCCAUGGAAGUGCACCGAAACCUCGAUAGAAACAAGGUCUUCAAAGCCGCCAACCCGAACCGCCUUGUUAUUCAGGAAGAGUAUCCUCCAGUACCAUACUACAACACGAGUGACCAGCUCGGACCUGUGGCGUCUGCGGACCCAGGGACGGAUGCUGAUCCCGACGGCUUCAUAGACCGAAAGAUAAUCAUUGUCGAACAGUUUCGUCCGGCUGGGGCGGCAUUGAAGAGUCGUGUCUCCCCACCUAGACAACAUCGCAUCCAAUACCGUGAGAAAUUGCGAGAAGACCUCAAGCUCGAUCUCGAGCGCGAACGCGAGGCCGAGCGCAAAGCCCAGAAGCAUUCGCGAAAGCGACAUUGCGGAACUCCCAGCGUCCCCCGUAGCUCACCGCAUCACAAGGAAUUUGAUCCUAAGAGGUCUGGAGGCUUCAACGACGGGCGAUAUCCAGUCUUCGAUGGAGUUAGUAACCUCUUCGGGGCCAUCUCCCUCGCUCCCGAGCAAGUCUCCAUCUCCGUCAAGAAAGCCCCCCGUUCCAAGGUCUCCGACACAACUCUCAAGGCCAAAGUCUCCAACACUACAAUCAAGGCCAAAGUCUCCGAUACCACUAUCAAGGCCAAAGUCCCCGACACCGCAAUCACUGACGACGUCUCCGACACCGCAGUCGUUGACAAAGUCGCUGACAACACGGUCGCUGACACCAAGGUCGCUGACUCCGGGGCCUCUGCCGCUGUCGAAGACCAAUGA